AUGUACGCAGGAUGGGUGCCUUUGGAGGACGAGCCGAUCGCGGCGGAGCGCGCGAGCAUCACAGCGGAGAAGAUGUGGGAUAUUUACAUCUCAAAGCGGCGGCCAGUACUUUUUGACGGGCUUUUGGACGAUCCUGCAUGGCAUGGCGAUCGCUGGACUGACACUUUGUACCUGGAACGACACGCAGGCGAUGCGGUCGUGCGUGUAGAGCCCAUUCACCCCGAGCAAGAGUGCUUUGGCACUGCCACGCCACGUACGACAAUCAACUUUAAAGCAUACUUGGAUGUAUUGAAGGAGGAAGAGUGUGCUGGGCGGUAUUAUUUGACUACGCAGUACGAAUCGGAGGACGCGGCGGAGGAGGUGGACGAGGAUUGCGGGCCAGUGCUGGAAACAGUACUCCCAUCACCGACACAUGCACUUAAAAAUGAUUUUCCAUUGCAGCCCCGCAUAGUUGGAAACCUCGCGCUGCAGCAGUGCAACUUGUGGCUUGGCAAUGGGCGCGAAGAGCGCAGUAGUGGACUGCACCACGACUUCCACGACAACUUGUAUGUGCUCCUUGAGGGGCGCAAACGCUUCGUGCUCUUUCCGCCGUCGGCGCACCCUUUUCUCCAUAUUCGCGGCGAUAUCGCGCGCGUGCACAAAAAUGGCCUGCUCGUGUACGAUGACGCGGAUCGGAUUCGCGCAGAUGGGCUGCAUGUGUUGGAUGCAGCACACUGGCGGCUUGCUGCUUGUGCGCGUGCGCUGCAUGCAAAUCCGAAGAAAAGGGCGCGCUUGGAGGGAGAGUGUGACUAUCAAGCGGCCAAGGAUGCGUACCACGCCUUGCGCCGGCGCUAUGAGGACGAGAGUGAGGACGAGCUUUCCAACACAGAGGACUCGUCCGACAGCAGCGAGCACGGGUCCCCUUUGGCAAGUGGCUCGUCCGACAGCAGCGAGCACGAAUUUCCCACUACAGACGACGCCUUGGCCUUGGACGAACACAAUGGCGAAAAAGUUCUCGACGCUCUUGACGCUACAUUAAACGAGCCAUCCAGCUUCUCUUUGAUCAAGCCGCAUGUACUCCACCACCACUUUUCCAUACCAUCGUCCUCGGCGCCCUCCCCAAAAGAUAUCACGCCUUUGCCGAAUUGUCCACGACCCCUUGUCGUGGAAUUGAAAGCCGGGCAGAUGCUCUAUCUUCCCGCAAGCUGGUUCCACGAAGUCACGUCUGCAGCCACCGACAAAGAUAGGCAUAUGGCCUUUAAUUAUUGGAUGCAUCCUCCCGACGGUGAUUCCUUUGCCCAGCCCUACAAAGAUGCCAAAGUAUGGGACGAGGUCAGGACCAAAGUUGCAGAGGCUGCCAUGUACACUGGCAGAUAA